UGAUUCAGUUCUAAAGAGAUAAAAUGGGUCGUUACUUCACAGAAUCCGAUACCAAGGAGAAGAUGGAAAUAUUCAAUGUUAAACCCUCAGAAAUUAGCAAAGCUAAAAGUUUGAGUAAUAAGAACAAAGGCCGCGUGAAAGCUAUCAAGUACACGAAGGGAGCCAAUUUUAUUAAGAAAAGGAAGAGUUCUGAUCCGUUCCCUGGACGGAAACCUGUUGAUCCUGCCAAGGUUGAAGAGCAUGCCAGAGGUGACAAGGUGGAAGUUAAAAAGAUAAAAACAAAAUUCAAACAACGAGAGCAGCAGAGACGGGAGCAACAUAUCCAAUUCGCGGUGGAACAGUCCGCCAGGGCAGAGAUUUUAUUGGCGGAGGAGGCGGGAUUCCUACAAGGGGAUGAGGACCAGGAGUUUACAGGACAAAUCAGUCAGGCGGAGAUUAAACGAGCGGUUGACGAGGAAUCAGCGGCCAAGUCCUUUGAUUUAAAUUUACCUCAAUUUGGACCGUACAAAAUGGCGUACACAAGAAACGGCAAGUAUCUACUUAUUGGGGGUCGGCGAGGUCACAUUGCCGCAUUCGACUGGAACUCUAAAUCCCUGAUGUGCGAGAUUAACGCCAUGGAGUCGGUGCACGCUGUUCGCUGGCUCCACACGGAGAACCUGUUCGCCGUCGCGCAGAAGAAAUGGACUUACGUUUACGACAACCAGGGUAUUGAGAUCCAUUGUAUAAAGAAGAUGAAUAACGUGACACACCUUGAAUACUUGCCCUACCACUUCCUAUUGGCCGGCGCUAAUGAUACCGGGAAUUUGUUCUGGUUGGAUGUAUCUGUAGGGAAGAUUGUUAAGGAUACAUAUACAAGGAUGGGACGGUUGGAUGUUAUGUGUCAGAAUCCAUCCAACGCAGCUCUAGUACUAGGGCAUAGUAAGGGAACUGUUACUAUGUGGACACCAAAUAUGCAGGAACCGGCCGCUAAGAUGUUGGCUCACCGGCAGCCGGUGAGAUCGGUAGCUGUUGACCGGAGCGGGAACUACUUGGCAACUUCAGCAACAGAUAAAACUCUCAAGAUCUGGGAUAUCAGGGCUUUCAAGUGCUUACAGGAAUACAGGAUUGGUAGUGGAGCUGCAAGUAUGAAGUUCAGUCAGAAGAACCUGUUGGCCAUUACCUUUGGUAACCAGGUGGAGGUGUUCCAGAACCCGACCCAGGGGAAUAUCAUGUACCCGUACCUCAAACACAAGGUCUUUAAAACCGUCUCGGAGCUAGAUUUCUGUCCCUACGAGGACGUUUUAGGGAUAGGACACGGCUCCGGGUUCUCAUCAAUACUUGUACCUGGUAGCGGAGAACCUAACUUUGAUGCUCUCGAGGCUAAUCCUUACCAGACGGUCAAACAGAGGAAGGAGGCCGAGGUUAAGAUGCUUUUGGACAAGAUUCCGUCUGAACUGAUCACACUGGACGGAGACUCCUUGACCGGAGUAGAUGUUCCAACCCUACAGGAAACUAUUGAGGAGAGAAACAAGAAGAUCUUCGUUAAACCUUCAAAUAUUGAGUUUGAUCCCCGGCAUAAGAUGAAGGGUAAAGGGGGGAGUGCUAAACGACAUCUUAUCCGGAAAACUGUAAUUGCUGAUGCUCGUAGAUCCAACCUUAAAGCAGAUCUGGAAGCGCGUGAAGAUCAUAGAGAAGGUCUAUCCAAGAAACCUGCUCCUGUUUACAAGAAUGUACUGGACCGGUUUAGAUAAACAACAAACAAAUUUAAUAUUUUCAGAA